AAAGUUAAACACAAUUAAAUGCACGGUAGAAAAAAAAUGAUAAAGCAUGUGAGGACGUAGAUUUUGAAAUCUUGCAGAUGAUCAUUUAAGGGCAACCCAAAAAGCAGGAAGUAUGUCUAACAUGAUCAUCACUUUAUAAAUAGCUAAGCAGUGUCCUUCCUUAGUAUCACUACCCAAAACCCAUUACUUCAAUUAUCGCUUUUCUAUCUUACUUGAUUCAUCCAUCAAAUUAAUAUCCUUUACAACCACCAUGGCUGAAGAGAAAAAACACCAUGGCUUCUUCCACCACCACAAGGAUGACGAUGAGCCUACACAAACUGAGACUGGUUACAAGACAUCAUCAUACUCUACUGAUCAACCUUCUGGUGGCUAUGACUCUGGUUACAACAAAUCAUCAUAUGAAUCUUCUGGUGGUGGUGCUGGUGGUUAUGAUUCUGGUUACAACAAAUCAUCAUAUGAGUCUUCUGGUGGUGGUGACUAUGAAACUGGUUACAACAAAACAUCAAAUGAGUCUUCUGGUGGUGGCUAUGACUCUGGCUACAACAAGGCAGCUUAUUCCACUGAUGAGCCUUCUGGUGGCUAUGGUGCUGGUGGUGGAUAUUCUGACACCACCGGUGGUGGCUACGCCAAAACUAGUGGUGGCUAUGCCGCUGGUGCCGGUGGUGGUGGUUAUGACGAUGAUAGACGUGAAGAGGUUGACUAUAAAAAGGAGGAGAAGCAUCACAAGCAUCUUGAGCACUUGGGUGAGUUAGGUGCUGCAGCUGCUGGUGCUUAUGCCUUGCAUGAGAAGCACAAGGCAGAGAAAGACCCAGAGAACGCUCACAGGCACAAGAUAGAAGAGGAGGUUGCAGCUGCAGCUGCAGUGGGAUCUGGUGGCUUCGCCUUUCAUGAGCAUCAUGAGAAAAAGGAAGCAAAGGAACAAGAUGAAGAAGCUCAUGGAAAGAAGCACCACCAUCUGUUUGGCUGAACAUAUCUAUAUUUGCAUAAUAAAGAUAUUCAUUCUACCUUGUUUUAUGCCUUUGGCUUGUGUGUGUGUCUAUCUUUAAGUUAACCAUCUUUCAGUUCACUUUCAGUAUGGUUUGGACUUUGGGGGAGUGUUUCCUUGAUGUACGUUGCUUCAUCUAUGUAUAUGUACUGUGUUAACUAUUAUAAGUACAAAUAAUAUGUCGUAAAAUAAUUAAUUUGAGAUAACUUUAUCUUAU